AGUGUAUUUGCAUAAUUAAAAAUUACUGUAUACAUAUACAUAUAUGUAUGUAUACAUAUAGGUUUGUGUUGUAUCAGCGCAUGUGCUAUUAUCAGGAAAAAUCCAAUAUGGCGGCAAGCGACUAGCACCAACUAGCACUUAGCAGAAGGAACGAUUGUGCGACCCGGUGAACGGAAUUUGGACGUUUCAAUGUUCAGUCCAAAAUUGAAGAGGAUAAUUAGUAGACUGCCGGGAAAAGCGCUUGGCGAGUACCGACUGCUGCCGCUAUUCUUCAUCUUCGGGGCCGCUUUGGAAUACUCUAUGAUCCACUGGCAAGUGGGAGAGGUUAACUUUUACAAGACGUACAAGCGCCGAAGGGUGGAGGAGCUGGUGGAGGAAAGAUUAAAGCAGGAACAGGCCUGAAGGCAAUUUUUUUGCGCCGACUUUCUAUCGCGCAAUGCCGGCUAACGUAUCCACGUCACGGUACAUUAUAUUCUGUGCAGCAG